CCGUCCUUUCCUUUGCCUCUCUUUCUAUUUUUUUAAUAAAACCCACACACAAGCUUAGUAAUGCAACGAUCUAGGAUUUUAAUAAAUACUUUUGCACGUUCCAGUUGCGUCCGCAACACUAUCACUACACAGCAGUUUCGUGCACGAUCGUCUAGUCUACGACAACUUUGCCAACACCAUGAACGAUCACUUUACUCCUUGCGUCCAUUCUUGGCGACGCAUAAAUAUAGAGCAUUCAGCCAUUCAGCAAUACUUCGAGACGCAGCAACCGAUGGUGUGCAAUACAAGGCAGCCACGAUGGAGAAUGGAUUGACCAUUUCAGAUAAGGCCAUCAAGCAACUGAAAUAUAUUGCGGAACGUGACAAUGAUGACAGUUUGAUGCUACGGAUAUUGGUUGAUUCUGGCGGCUGCCACGGAUACCAAAACAAAUUGGAGUUGACGGAUACUGUCGAGGAAGAUGACACCGUUUUUGAGAGCGAAGGCGUCAAAGUCGUGGUGGAUUCCAUUUCGUUGCAGUUUGUUCGAGGAUCUACGGUUGAUUUUGUAGAAGAACUGAUUGGAUCAACGUUCCAGGUCAUCGAUAACCCGAACGCAAAAAACAGCUGUGGAUGCAAUAUCUCCUAUGACAUUGAUCUGGACAUGCUUACACAAAACUAAAGAGCACUCAGUCAUCAACUGAUGACCUAUACUUGUACAAAACAACCUUAUUAUAUACUCCUCCUCACUCCUCGACCUUCAGAUUGCUUCUCUCUUUUGACAAAAUAAGAACAAGAAGAAUAAUAAUCAUAAAGAGCGAUAUUAAAGACAUGGAUU